AUGUCGUGUCCUUGUAGACCGUCUGUAGCACCGUUUACACCGUUUGUAGCACCAACUAUCAAACCGUGCUUCCCCUCCACUUUGACCUUCCCUCGUGCCUCCCUUCCCUCGCACUUUAAAAAUCACCAACCCGUGCCCUCCCCUCCCCCACCUUCCUCUCCCUCUCUUCCCCUCAGAGUGCUAACGAGCCUGGUGGCGAAAGGGGUCUUCCCGGACACCCU